AUGGCCCCUUCUCCCAUCGUCACGGCGACGCUGCAGUCUGCUGUCCUGAGUGGCACGUCGAACCUGUUGGCCCAGGCCUUGACGGCCUACCAAACCGAUAGUCCACUGGCCAUCGACUGGGUGCCCGUCUUCCAGUUCAUCCUCUACACCAUUAUCAGUACGCCGCCCAACUUCAUGUGGCAAGGUUUCCUCGAGGAGACCUUCCCGGCCUACCACGUCUCGCCCACCAAGGACGCCGUCGCCUCGGCGGCGGCCAACGACGACAAGGAGCUGGACCGAGAGGCGCGUGAGGACAAGCUGGUCGAGCCCAAGCUCAACAUCCGCAACACGCUCGUCAAGCUGGUCUUCGACCAGACUGUCGGCGCCGCGCUCAACACGCUCGCCUUCAGCAUGUUCAUGCACAGCAUUCAAACCGCCAUGGCCCGCCCGGAACACCUCGCGGCCGCGCACCACUCGGGGUCGUAUCUCCUCUCGCGCGGCGCCGUCGAUUACAGCAAGGUCGACUGGCGGGCCGUCGUCCGCAGCAGCCAGCUCGAGUUCGUGCCCAUCUUCCUCGCCGGCCUGAAGCUGUGGCCUCUGGUUAGCCUCGUCAACUUUGCUUUUGUCAAGAGCAUCGAAGGCAGAAACCUGGUCGGUUCCCUCGCUGGUAUUGCCUGGGGCAUUUACAUGAGCUUGGUGGCGGCGCGUUAA